AUGAUGUGCUUCAAUAAUUUCUUUCUUGAAGGAUUGGCUGCUAUGACGUCAGUCACAUUACAUGGUGUUACUGAUACGUUAUCAGGCCAAAACGAGAAGGUCAGCUUGAAAUCGCUUGUGAGUCAGGUGCUAUUGCUUUCAGUACGCAUCUGCACUGGAAACUGCAGCUGCUGCUUUCCGGGAAGUCGAGCACCUUUUCAACGAUCCGGCUUUGCGCAGAAGAUAGGGUGGAGAGUAGACGAAGAAAAUGAUGAAGGGGACACUGUGUACGCAAAGAAUACACCCAAAGGCAAAAUGGUGUCUAUUUCGACCGAACUUCCUCUCGAUGUUGAUUCGGUAAUGAACGAAACCUGGACUGGUGUAGAUGGACUACCCGAGUGGAACCCUAAUAUAAAUUUUGCACACACCAUUGCCUCUCCUACCUCACAUUUCGAUAUAAUCACUUGUGGAAACAAUGACGUGUUGAUUGUAAGUGGAAGAGAUUUCGUUUCUGCAAGAAUAUACCGGAACACUCCAACAGGAUAUAUUAUGGCCUCGCGCAGUGUUCGACUGAAAGAGUAUCCCGAGCAGAAAGGAAAAGUCCGGUGA